AUGAUCACCUCAACCAGAAGAGUGUCUCCCGACCAAUCUGAAGUUAGAAUCGCCUUCAGCCUUGACGACACAUCAGAUUUAAAUGAUGUGGAGGGCCUCUCCCAGACUUUUCCCGACCUGGAGCAGCGAUUACAGCCAGUGCCUCCCAGUGUGUCCCUGAGAGAGAGUGUCCAGGUUUAUAAGGAGCACUGCAGGAUGGCCCGAGAGUUUCAUCAGGUCAAACAUGACAUCGCCGUACUCGAAGACCGCAAGCGUAAGCUGCUGGAGGAGCUGGUAGAGGACGAGAAGGUUGCUGUGGAAAUCGCCCGUCUGGAGGAGGAGUUCCAGCUCCUCACGGAGGAGAACCGCACCUUGGUGACUGUCCACUCGGAGCGCGCUCAGCAACUGGAGAGACUCUGUCUAAACCAUGAAAAGAGCCAGGACUCCUCGUGACCUCUGACCUCCACAGAACUUGAGACCUCCAGACCUCCUCCGGCUGACAUCAGGCCAGAAAACAAAAGCUGAAAAAGCCUUAGCCGAUCGUUCAUGCAUUAUGCGCCCAUGGUGUAACGACAGCCUAUGACUCCACCAGUUCCAGAGAAGGACUUCCAUGUUUGUGUCCUACUCAUGCUGUAUGUAUGAACCAU